AUGUCCCUGCUGGUGACGUGCUCCUCAACCCCACAGGAGAUCAUCAACUUCAACUGUCGCAACCUGGUGGCCAACAUGCCCCUGUUUGCCAACGCGGACCCCAACUUUGUGACAGCCAUGCUGACCAAGCUGCGCUUCGAGGUCUUCCAGCCCGGGGACUUCAUCAUCCGCGAGGGCACCGUAGGCAAAAAGAUGUACUUCAUCCAGCACGGGGUGGUCAGCAUCCUCACCAAGGGCAACAAGGAGACAAAGCUGUCUGAUGGCUCCUACUUUGGGGAAAUCUGCCUGCUGACGCGGGGCCGGCGCACGGCCAGCGUGCGAGCAGACACCUACUGCCGCCUCUACUCCCUCUCCGUGGACAACUUCAACGAG